UCUGAACACCUUUAGCUAUAAGUCGGUGAUUACGUCAUAAUAUCAAAGAAUUAAUGAAGUGUUAACGUGUUAUGAUGUUAACGUGACGUUAAAGUAACGUGUUACGUGGUGACUUAUGCUCAAAAACCCGCUAGAAAGUGCUCAAAUAAUGACUGUCCAAAAUUUGGAUCAGCUGGACUCCAAAAAAGGCGAAACUAUGCAAAAUAUAAGUGAUAAAGCCAGUAAUGAUGCUCAGCAAUCUGGAAAGAACGGACAUAUUAGUUUUAGUGUAGCUUCAUUGCUAGCAGAUACAAGGCCGAUAAAAUCAAUUAGUCCCAAUUCUUCUACUAUACCUUCUUCUAGUCCUACUCAUCAAUCUUCUGAUGAUGAGUACGACUCGAAUCAAGAAGAUUCUAUUGUAGACGUAGAAGACUUGCAAUCAGAUAAAAACGGGGACUCCCCAUCUAAAGAAACUGACUUUUUAGAGCAGAGAAACAGGGAAAGAGACUUUUCUAAAGAAGCAUUGUUGAGUUCUGGUCAAGGACCUAUAAGACCAACUCCGUUUUCGGCCUUGGCUGCUGCUGUAUAUCAAGCGGCACAUCCUAAUUGGCCACAUCAGGCUAUUGUAAAUCCUUUUGGUCCAGGGCCUAUGUUUCAGAACACCGGGCCUUUCGGGGUGCCUAAUAUGAAUGCAGUUGAUUCAAAUGGUGAACCACCAAAACUGAAAUGUAAUUUACGGAAGCAUAAACCAAAUAGAAAACCUAGGACUCCGUUCACUACCCAACAGUUACUAGCUUUAGAAAAAAAAUUCCGUGACAAGCAGUACCUUAGUAUAGCAGAAAGAGCAGAAUUUUCUAGUUCGCUAAGGCUUACUGAAACCCAAGUGAAAAUCUGGUUUCAAAAUCGUCGAGCUAAAGCGAAACGUCUUCAAGAGGCAGAACUGGAAAAAUUAAAAAUGGCUUCUCUUUCUCGCCACCCCCAUGCUCUGUACCCCCAUCCCGCCCUACAGGGCUACUUUUCCCCAGGGACGCACCCUCUGGCGUCUCUACUGGGUGCCAGACCACCGAUGGGCCCCUUCGGACUCAAUCCCCAGCAUCCGCCCCCCCACAUGGCGUCUCCACAGGGGAAUAUCAGGUCGCCGAGCCCGCAUAUGAACUAAGAAAAUGUAGGGUAGUAGUGAGAAAAAUGUUUUGAGUGCUCAUUCUCAUGAUAUAUAAUUAUUUUGUUCAUUCAAUGUUCUUCCUUAUAGACGUUUGUGUAAACAAAUCAAAUAUGAAUAUGAUUUAUAAUGCGGGAAAAUUUAUAAUUGUGGCAACAAAAAGGUCUAAAUGUAGAUAUUUUGUUGGCCUAUUACCUAAUUUUUUAAUUAAUGUUACCUCUAUUUCGUGUGAUUUUAGUUUAAUAUUAUCUGUUUGUUUUUCAUCAAUUAAAUUAAAACUCUUGUUAUUGUAGGCAUUACAAUUUUAUGUUGGUAUAAUUAUUAAUGACUUUUUACUUUCAUUCACAUCAUAAAACUAAAUCGAAGAAUAUGAGAAUUUAUUGAUAAAUUUUGUGGCAUAAAACAAGACUGUGGAAUUGUAUAAAUCAUGGUAUACAUGAUUUCCACUUUUUAAUUUAAAUGUGUUACUAUCGUUAGUAAUACAAAGUUGGUUAAAUGAAAAAGUGUUGUUGUUGUGAAAUCCAAAAUAUCAAGGUGGUUUCUGAGAUGUUCUACAAAAUACAGUUUAGUCCAAUUUUUUAUUUCACUUCAGUG